GGGAGACUGUGAAUAUAUAAAUAUAUUUGAUUCAAUCAAAUAAGCACAUCCUUCUUUCAGGUAUUACGACAACUGUGUAGAUAUAAGAGCCAGUGGCUACAAGAGAGUGAGUACAGAACAAUUAAGCACCGGAGUGUGGAGACAUUAUGGAGUUUUCUUCCACAGUGAUCUUAGCUGGGCUGAUCUUUGCUCUGCUGUGGAUGUUGACUGCUAAAAACAGUAAGAAACAUCGUUUGCCUCCAGGACCCUUUGCGUUUCCCCUCGUGGGAAACCUGCCGCAAAUAGACAAGAAAAGACCAUUUGAAAGCUUUCUUAAGUUCAGUAGAACCCAUGGACCUGUGAUGACGUUAUACCUGGGCUGGAAGCGGGUGGUUGUCCUGGUGGGGUACGAUGCAGUGAAAGAAGCCUUGGUGGACCAGGCAGAUGAGUUCGCAGGCAGAGGGUCGGUGGGCUUUCUACAGAAAGCUACCAAGGGAUAUGGUUUAGUGAUCAGUAAUGGGGAACGCUGGCAGCAGCUGCGCCGUUUCACUCUGACAAGCCUACGAGAUUUUGGGAUGGGGCGUAAAGGGAUGGAGGAGUGGAUCCAAGAAGAGAGUCAACACUUGAAGGCUCGGAUACGUUCAAUCAAAGGUGAACCGUUCGACCCCACAAUCCUGUUGAGUCGCUCUGUUUCCAAUGUGAUCUGCUGCUUGGUGUUUGGCCAGCGCUUUGGGUAUGAAGAUAAGCAAUUUGUGAACCUUCUCAACAUCAUUGCAGCAGCUGUAAUGUUUGGCAGCAGCCCGUGGGGGGUGCUGUACAACCUCUUCCCCAGGAUCAUGGAACAUCUUCCUGGCUACCAUCACACUGUUUUUGCCAAUAUCAUGGAGAUCAGACGAUUUGUUAAGAUGAAGAUCAAAGAGCACAAAGAGACUCUGGACCCCAGCUCCCCAAGAGAUUUUAUUGACUGCUUCCUCAUCCGAGGUGAUCAGGAAAAGGACAAUUCAACAACCGAAUUCCACUAUAACAACUUAAUUUCAACAGUGAUGAAUCUGUUCCUGGCUGGAACAGAAACCACCAGCUCCACCAUCAGAUAUACUCUCAGUGUGCUGAUCAAAUACCCGGACAUACAGGAGAAAAUGCAACAGGAGAUCGACACUGUAAUUGGACGGGAUCGAUGUCCCAGCAUGGAGGACCGGAAGUCCCUCCCUUUUACAGAUGCUGUCAUCCAUGAGGUGCAACGUUUUCUGGACCUUGUCCCCUUUGGCGCCCCUCAUUGUGCACUGAAGGACAUCUCCUUCAGGGGUUAUACAAUCCCCAAGGACACUCUGAUUUUACCUUUCUUGCACUCUGUGCUGAAAGAGGAAAAGCAUUGGGCAACUCCCGGGUCCUUCAACCCCCAACACUUCCUUGAUCAGAAUGGGAACUUCAAGAAAAAUCCUUCAUUCCUGCCAUUUUCUGCAGGGAAAAGAGCCUGUGUUGGUGAGUCUCUGGCUCGCAUGGAGCUCUUCCUCUUCAUCGUAUCCCUCCUGCAGGGUUUCACCUUUUCCUGCCCUGGUGGACCUGACAGCAUCAACCUCGUUCCAGAGUACAGCAGCUUUGCCAAUGUGCCUCGUAGGUACAAAAUCAUUGCAGCGCCACGUCUUUUUCACAUGAUCUCACCAGUUACACAACUGUUUAUGCCAGAGGCUGCGAAACAGAGAAGACAGAGCAAAGAAAGACAGAAAAAAACAAAGUGUGGAGACAUUAUGGAGUUUUCUACCACAGUGAUCUUAGCCGGGCUGAUCUUUGCUCUGCUGUGGUUGUUUACUGUAAAAAACAGUAAGAAGUAUCGUUUGCCUCCGGGACCCUUUGCGUUUCCACUCAUAGGAAACUUACUGCAAAUUGACAAGAAAAGACCAUUGGAAAGCUUUCUCAAAUUCAGUGAAACCCAUGGACCGGUGAUGACGUUAUACCUGGGCUGGCAGCGGGUGGUUGUCCUGGUGGGGUACGAUGCAGUGAAAGAAGCAUUGGUGGACCAGGCAGAUGACUUCACAGGCAGAGGGUCGGUGGCUCUUAUAAAAAAAGCUACCAAGGAUUAUGGUAUAGGGAUCAGUAAUGGGGAACGUUGGCGACAGCUGCGCCGUUUCGCUCUGACAAGCCUGCGAGAUUUUGGGAUGGGACGUAAAGGGAUGGAGGAGUGGAUCCAAGAAGAGAGCCAACACUUAAGGGCUCGGAUACGUUCAUUCAAAGGUGAAGCUUUCAAUCCCGCAAUCUUGUUGAGCCGCACUGUGUCUAAUGUGAUCUGCUGCUUGGUAUUUGGCCAGCGGUUCACUUAUGAAGACAAGCAAUUUCUGAACCUUCUCACAGUCAUAUCAACAAUUGUAAUGUUCGGCAGCAGCCCGUCGGGGGUGCUGUACAACAUCUUCCCCUGGCUCAUGGAACAUCUUCCUGGACCCCAGCACACCGUUUUUGCCAAUAUCAAGGAGAUCAGACACUUUGUCAAGAUGAAGAUCCAAGAGCACAAAGAGACUCUGGACCCCAGCUCCCCGAGAGACUUUAUCGACUGCUUCCUAAUCCGAAGUGAUCAGGAAAAGGAUAAUCCAGCAACAGAGUUUCACUAUGAGAAUUUGGUCUCAACAGUGAUGAAUCUGUUCCUGGCUGGAACGGAAACCACCAGCUCCACCAUCAGAUAUGCCCUCAGUGUGCUGAUCAAACACCCGGACAUACAGGAGAAAAUGCAACAGGAGAUCGACACUGUAAUUGGACGGGAUCGAUGUCCCAGCAUGGAGGACCGGAAGUCCCUCCCUUUUACAGAUGCUGCCAUCCAUGAGGUGCAACGUUUUCUGGACGUUGUCCCCUUCAGUCUCCCUCACUGUGCACUGAAGGACAUCUCCUUCAGGGGUUAUACAAUCCCCAAGGACACUCUGAUUAUACCUUUCUUGCACUCUGUGCUGAAAGAGGAAAAGCAUUGGGCAACUCCCAGGUCCUUCAACCCCCAACACUUCCUUGAUCAGAAUGGGAACUUUAAAAAAAAUCCUUCAUUCCUGCCAUUUUCUGCAGGGAAAAGAGCCUGUGUUGGUGAGUCUCUGGCUCGCAUGGAGCUCUUCGUCUUCAUCGUAUCUCUCCUGCAGAGUUUCACCUUUUCCUGCCCUGGUGGACCUGACAGCAUCAACCUCGUUCCAGAGUACAGCAGCUUUGCCAAUGUGCCUCGUAGGUACGAAAUCAUUGCCACCCCACGGUGAAAGGAAAAGCUGCAUACUGCAAAAUACCAUAUGCAUCUACUUUGAGCUUUUGCAUUAAUUCUAAUUAGUUUUUAAUGUCUGUAUGUUUUCUAUUGUCUGCUUUCUUUACACAAAAGUCAAAUGGAUUCUAUGUAUAAAAUUAUAUUAUAAAAUAAAGUCUUACCACUAACA